UUCAAAACAACAACAAACACUUUAGAGAACACCAUUUAAAUCCAUCCUUCCACAAAUUCCAUUGAACAUUGAACAUUGAACAUCCAGGACAUUGGAAAACUUUUUAGUGACUUCAAAUUGAAAAAGAUCCAGAUCUGCGUACAAUCGAAUAGACCAGGGUCAACUGGUGAAGCUUCUGCGACACAUCAGCCGCUGCCAUGUCUCAUGGCACGCAGGAGAACAUCAGCGUUGAAACUGGGCACAGAAGCUUCCUGCACUUGGAUCGGAGGCGAUAGUCUGUAUUUUAUUGUAAUACGCUAUAAUUAAGGAAAUUGUCAGCGCUUUUGCCGGUCCCUGCACCCUCUGUGCAUUUGUGCAUUUCAAUUCGAAUGAAUCAAUGGCGCGCACAGCCACACCAAUCGGUUCAGUGAGCACAGUGCAAUGUAUGCCGAGGCAUCGAUGGCAAAGUAGUUGACUGCUGCCCGCGGCGCUGUCGAAAAGGGAACGCCCAGAUAGUCACAGCUCCACAUUCGCAUCAUUAUGAGCAGACUUACGUAAAUAUUGCAUAUGCAACACGUUUAAUUAUAGACGCCACGCCGCAAACGCAAUGCCACGCAUUUGUAAGAAGGAGGAAACACAAAGUAUUAAUUGAAUCGAUGUAGAAGAGCGCACAGCUCGGCUGGAUUAUGGCUUCUUUGCGCGUAGUAAAUAGACUAGUGUGCCGCGGCUUUGUAGUGCUAACUCUGCUGUUGAUAUUCUUCAAUGAGUUUCUCGUCUACUACACGGCCCAGUCCAGCUGGCACCAAAUCGAUUGCAAACUGGAUAAUUGCACGCGCCUGCUGCUCAUCGCUGACCCGCAGAUCUUGGGCACCUCCUACGAUCGCUCAUCCCACAGCCCGCUGGCACGCUACGAUUCGGAUAGAUAUCUGCGAAAGACCUUUGAACGCGCCGUAUCCUUUACGCAGCCGCACAUCAUCGUCUUUCUGGGCGAUUUGCUGGACGAGGGCAACAUUGCCACUGCACAGGAGUAUAAGCAAUACGUAAAGCGCUUUCGGCGCAUCUACCAGAACAAGAAAUUCCGUAAAUUCCGCAUGAUCUCUGCCUAUUUUCAGAGAGUCCAUGUGCCGGGGGAUAACGACAUUGGCGGCGAGAACGGCGACUACAUAUCCAACUCAAACCAGCGACGCUUCGAGAACGAGUUCAUGAGCGAGGACCUCUUUGACUAUGACCAUCGCAUCCGCUUCUUUAAGAUCAAUCGCAUGCUAUUGGACUUUACAAAUCCCGACAGGGACAACAAUGCCGAUCGGCUCCGUAUUGGGGUUUCGCACGCGCCACUGCUCAUUGGCGGUGGACCGCUGCUGCGGGCCGUAAUCAGCGACUUGGAUCCACAUAUCAUAUUCUCGGGCCAUUGGCACGAGUCCAGGAUAUUUAUUUACCCCUCCACAAAGGUGAUCAACUUCUAUGAGAAUGCAGUGCGGCAUUUCGACCUGAAGGCGCUGAAGGAGCAGGAGCACAGCUAUUUGGAGAUAAUGGUGCCAACGUCAUCGUACCGCAUGGGCAAGUCCAAGAUUGGCAUGGGCUAUGCAGUGCUGGAGAACUACAAUCUCAGCUACACGGUUCUGUGGCAGCCGAAUCGUUUUAUUCUGCUCUUCACUUACGUCUUCUGGGGCCUGUUUGUGCUCUGCGGGGCGGUUGUCUACAAAAUGAUGACACGCUGUCCAUUCCGUGUGGCCAAACGACAGACGCACUAUAGCCGCGUCUCCAAUAUACCUCAAUUUUAGACUGUAUCCCCCUCAACCUACCUACUUCUGGACAAUAAACAGGAGAUUCUCAACGA